CCGCCCCCGUCAUCCACGCGCAACACCAUCCUCCCUCUCUCUGUCUCAUAUCCUCUAACGGCCUUCGAAGAGCACGCUCGACACACAAUUUCGAGUCGCUUUUUGUUGUCGCUACAGACGCUCAGCCAUAUCGAGACAGAAAAGACCCGUCCGAGAGCUUUAUCACUCUAGCACACGGGUUUUUGUUAUAUCUCUUCACGAUCCCUCGGCUUCGAGAAAAGCCAAAGAAGACGACAGAAUCCCUGCUCUGGUAGUCGUAUCGACUUUGUACACUCGUCAUGAUGCAUAAAGUGUUCUUCAUCGCGACUUUGGUCGCCUGCGGAGUUGUCCUCGCAGCGCCUGAGGGCCGUCGUAGAGUCGAUGCAGUGGAUUUAGUUGCUCGACAGGUCACAGACACGGCUCUUCUCACUGCGACUGGCGUCCUCCUCACGACAUCCACCGACGACGAAACCUCCACCUCCUCGGCUGCUUCCGCAUCGCAGACUGACGGCCUCAGCAUCCCUAUAUCCAACCCUCUCUCGAUUAUCUCCACUGUCGGAAGCUCUGAGACCAGUAGCAUCACCGCUUCAGUCACCGAUCCUCUGACCACCGCGUCCAUCCCUGCCUCCGUCUCCACCCUCCUUCCAUCCGGGUCGUCCUCAGCAUCCCUCGCGUCCCCAUCCCUCUCUAUCACCUCAAUCUCUUCCGCACCCUCCGCUUCCUCAAGCGCAACGGCCUCCUCCGACUCCGUCGCUUCCUCCGACUCGUCGAUACUUUCGUCUGCUUCUUCAGCAGCCUCGUCGGCAUCAUCUGCGUCUUCGGCCCUGUCGAGCUCUGACCCUGGAGGACCAGUGACGAGCUUGACUACGGUACAGUCGACUGUUCCGGCUUCGACAAGUGCGACGGGACCUUCGACGACGAGUGUGGAAAGUACGGUCACUGCGAGUACGGCUCCGACGGGCAGUGCUAGCACUAGUUGGGCGACGAGAGUAGAGCUCGGGCUUGGUGGGAUGGGUGUUUGGGCUGUGGCAGUUUUGGGGAUGGUGAGUGGGGCGGUUAUGGUGCUGUGAGGUGCUUGAAGGAGGUUUUGUGACUUGUUCGGGAUGGUGAGGGCAAGCAGAGGCCUGGAGCCGUGGAGUCCGAGUUGUGAGUUACGAUUGUGCUCUUAAUUUGUGAAUAUGUGCUAUGUGUGGCCCAGGUGGCGAGAUCAGGGUGCUUGAAGUUACCAUCUUUUUCCCGAGUCGACAGUGCAGGCUGCAGCGCAGGAUGCGACACCGUUGAUCUUUUCGCGCUUUUCAUACUGUAUAUAUAUCGCGUGCCUGUGGGCUGCUCACGUUUUUGUAUACCUAUAGCGUAUACUGUACUCGUACUCGCCCUUCGCCAUCUAUCUGUAUGACCACCCAGCUGCCUGCUUGUCAUCCUACCCAAACUACUUACUGCUCUUUAUAUAUCUUGCUUUAGUCACUCUCUUUACUGAUUGUUUUCCCGUGUCGACGUUGCGCGGUGCAGGUCAUUCGUUUAUAAUUGUUGAUGGAAGAUGUUUUCU